UUUUUCUGUUAGAAAAACAACAAACUGUGAGGCAACGAUUUCUGUCAGGAGUACACUAUCCAAAAAACAUUUAUCAGUUAAAUGGAUCAGUGAAGAUCAUAAUCAUGAUCAAGAAAAGUCAUUUUCGAGAAGUUACUACAAAAAAUUAUCUAAGCUAUCAACACAUGACAGUGACAUUGAAAACAUCGAUGAUAUUUUAGUAGAUCCAACUGAUAACAAUAACAAACAUCAAGAUCCAGAAACUGAAAUUCAAUUGUUAGAUGAAAAUAAUAAUGAUUCAUUAUGCUCAACACCUGCAAAUAAUAAUUUGACUAAUCAAUUGCAGUUACAACAGUCAAUAAGUCAGCUCGAUGAUGAUACUCAUGAUAAGUCAUUUUUAGAUUUGGAAGUUUCUUCAUUAAACGAUUCAAGUAUAGACUUCGUUUUAAGGCAAAUUAAAAAUCUGUUUAUGGACUCCUUGCAAAAUAAAAAGUUUGAGAUAAUGAUUCAACUAAAUAGGCUGAUUGAAAUGUAUAAACAAAAUGACAUGGAUUUUUUCGAUUGUGAUGAGGCAUCAGCUGAAGAAUUCAAGCAAGCAUGUCUCAUGGUAGAUGGACAAAAAAAAAUAGUGGAAUAUAUAACAAUAGAAAGUCCAAAAAGAACAGAUCAUGAUAUAGCUAUUAAAAUAGAUGAAUCUGUCCCAAAAACAACUAAAUCUUGCAAUUCUUCAGUGGGAAUAGAAACACCAGUAAUUGCUGAAUUAUCUAAAUCCCAAAUCCAAGAUGACACAAACUUGGAACAAGAGAGAAUUACAUUUGAAACAGAAUCGUUGUCUGCUCAUAAAACUUGUGAUAAAAAUAAACCACGAAUUACAAGUGUUAUAAAGAGCUCAGCUGAUACAAUUUUUAAACUAAGUAAUUACUCGAUCGAUGAAGUUAAGACAACUACGAAACGUGGUCGUGGGCGUCCAAAAAUUGAAAAAAAUAUGCGAAAUAAAGCUAAUGGAGAUCCACGACAAGUCAAUCAGUUAAUAUGCUUUGUUAAUAAAACAGAUUCUCAAAAAAAAAUGACGAUUUUGUCUUGGACUGUAUCUCCAAAAAUUUUAGAAAAUGUACUGAGUCGACAGUACUUUAUUAGAAGUGAAGAUAUUGUUGGACAAUCACCAGAAAGCCUGAAUGAUGGCUUAGUCAGCAAAGCUCUUAAAAUUGGGCUGAUCAAAGAAUAUUUCGAUCCAAAAAAUAACCAUGAAGCAUUUUCAUUUCUAAAAAAACUUCUGAGAGAAAAAAAAAAACGAAACUUAUUCACCUGUGGUACUUGCGAAAAAAAAUUAUCUGGUGAAUCGAUUGAAUGUGAAGCCUGCUUAUCGUGGCAUCAUGAAGCUUGUGCAGCUGAACUACUUCGAGAAAACCAUUUUUUUUGUGCGAAAUGUAUAUAAAAAAAAGACUCGACUUUAAUUUGCUUUAAAUAUAAUUGAUUAGAAUAAAAAAAAAUUAAGUUUGAAAAUUUUAUAGUGUUAGUUUAUAAACUCAAUUAUUUCUUCUAUGUUUUAUUUGAAAAAUAUAAAAUUUUUUUGAUUAUUGUUUUAUUUUAAUUUUGACAAAUUAAUAUGAAAAGUUUUUAUCAAUAUAUUACCAAGAUACUAUUUUGAGUAUAUAUAGUUAACUUACUAAAAAUCAUAUAUUAUCUUAAUAAUAAAAUGAAAUUGACAUCAACAAUAAUGACUCGAUAAAAUUGAAAUUAUUAUAAAUUAUAUUAAUUAUAAAAUAUAAUUUUGAUGAUAACAAUUAAAACAACCUAUAAAAAAUAUCUGAAUACAGAAAAAAAUUGAAAGAAAGUAUUAAACUAUAUAUUGUAUUGAUUUAAAAAUAGAAUAAAAGAAAAUAAAAAAAUAUAUAUUUAAAUAAAA